UCUUCUCAACAGACGGUUUGUGCUUUGUCAAGCAUUCCUCUUCAACACAACCUCAACGUCGCCUUUCAUUGACAGCUUUCAAAUUUGAAUAUAUAUAUAUGUGUUAGUCGUGCUAUUCCUUCUCAAAGGCAUUGCGGAAAGAUGCAGCUGGACAAGGUCAUCCGCGGUUGUCUUUGCGUUGCCCUAGCCUUCUCGACUGGAGUCAUUGCCUGCCCUGACUACGAUGACCUGCCAUUUUAUAAAGCUCUCAAGGCAAGCAAUCUGACUUCAGAUGAGCUGGCGAAAAGAUGGUACACCGUCGAACCUAGCGACAAGCCUCAGUUUAACCCCAGUACAUGGCCCAAAAGCACUCUGUCAUAUUGCUUCGAGGACGACAAUGCGAGAACUCAACUGAAACAUAUCAUUGAAAGUGCUUGGAAAAUAUGGCAAGCAGCUGGUGUCAGUUAUCGUAUCAACAUGGGAGAGUACAAUGAUUGCCCUCCAGCCGUCAAUGGGUUGGUUCCAAUGGGUGCAACUCAUAUGCUUGUCAGAGCGCUUACAAACGGCGAAAUGGUGACCAGUGUUGGAUAUCAUAUAUAUAACCCUGGAGUUGGUCCAGUUAUGAGAUUUGAUCCCAGUCCCGCAAUUGGCAUGCGAGAUCCAGUCGCGAACAUGGCGCACGAGAUAGGACAUGCCUGGGGUUUCUUCCAUGAGCAGCAACGAGGUAGCUUCUGGAAAAGACACGAAUACGCAGAGGCAAAAGGGGUCACAAAUCAAAUCAAUUUCGUAUGCUCAAACUUGGCAGACUACAGUGUGGUUGGAGGACAGCUAGAUGGCACCAUGGAUGACGCCUGUCACAGCCAGUUGAGAGCCAAAAAUCGGAGGUUUUCGGCGCAGGAGUUUUUGCCCAUGCCCUUGGCAGCCACUAAAGAACUUGCUAGCGGAGACUAUGACUGGGACUCCAUUAUGCUUUAUGCCUCUCCAAUUGCUGGUGCGGUUAGAGAUGGCGCCCCCAUCAACGUCUACAGAAGGGCUUCAGACGGAAAAGUUAUUACUUACAACAAGUCACCAAGUCAGAGGGACGUGAAUAGGUUCAAUGCGAUGUAUUCGGCAAAGGCACCAUAUCCGAACCCGUGCUUGAUCAAUCAGGGCUGCAGCCCAAAACAGGCGCUGUUUCUCAGGGGUAAGGCCAUAUGUAACUGGAAGUGAUGAUAGUCAAUAAUAAGGCUUCGACACAAUUCUAGUUCCAACUCAUAAUAAUGUUUCAAUAAAGCACUGGACCUUAUUGAAGUAACCAUACGUGUUUAGACGAGAGGCUCUGGAGAUUGCUUGGUGUGCUCCAUGGCCUAUUUUAACCUUAACUAUUUCUCAGCC